AUGAAGGUGGAGGGGCUGCAGGAGGACGGGGACGCCGACCCGCUGCCUCUGGAGGAGCGGGGCGGCGGCGGCGGCGGCGCGGCGUGCAGCCGGCCCGGCUCGGCCGAGCGCUGCAUGUCCCGCCUGCUGAGCGCCGUGGAGAGCGAGCUGCAGGCCGGCCGCGAGAAGGGCGACCCCACGGAGCGCGAGCUGCGCGUGACGCUGGAGGACGCCGAGCUGUGGAGGAAGUUCCAGCACAUCACCAACGAGAUGAUCGUCACCAAGAACGGACGUCGGAUGUUCCCGGUCCUGAAGGUCAGCGUGUCCGGCCUGGACCCGUCCUCCAUGUACUCCUUCCUGCUGGACUUCGUGCCGGCCGACAGCUGCCGCUGGAAGUUCGUGAACGGCGAGUGGGUGGCGGCGGGCCGGGCCGAGGGGCGCGGCGAGGGCCGCGGCCACGGCGGCAUCUACAUCCACCCCGACUCGCCCAACUUCGGCGCCCACUGGAUGAAGGCCGCCGUGACCUUCAACAAGGUCAAACUCACCAACAAGGUCAACGGGGGCGGGCAGAUCAUGCUGAACUCUCUGCACAAGUACGAGCCUCAGCUCCACAUCGUGUGUGUGGGCUCCCGCCACCGGCUGGUCUCCAACGUCUCCUUCAAAGAGACGCAGUUCAUCGCCGUCACCGCUUACCAGAACGAAGAGAUCACAGCGCUGAAGAUCAAAUACAACCCGUUUGCUAAAGCUUUCCUGGAUGCCAAAGAGAGGAACCCAGGGGGGCGGGGUUUGGCGGAGUCCUCUGAGAGUCGUGUCGGGAUUCAGUCCUGUUGGUCCUUGUGCUCAGCCGGAGGGGGCGGGGCUUUUCCUUACGGCAGUAGCCUCCCACUAACAUCACAUCAUCAUCAUGGUUACAAGCAUCACGGUUACCCUGGCCGACACACACCUUACCCCACGGCCUACCUGCCGCACCGGUCACACUCCUCAGUGUGUCUGUCCGAAGGUGUCCAGGUGUUGGACGGAUGGAACUCUUCUUCACCUCGCCCCUCCUCCUCCUCCUCCUCCUCCACUCCCUCCUCCUCCCUCCCUCUAACCAGCAGUGCUCCUUCCUCACAGCCUCCUCCUCCUCCUCACAGCUCCAGUCAGUAUCCAUGUCUGUGGACGGUGGGAUGCAGCGAGUUAAGCCCCGCCCACUCACCAUGUGCCGCUCUCCACGGACAAAUCGGCAGCGAGAGCCUCAUCCAGCCGGCCGGUCACGGACGAGUGGGCGGAGCCGGCUGGCCGCCAGGCGCCACUCACUCCUUCUGA